GGCGGGAGGGAGGGGUUUGUGUGCGACACCGCGAGCCGGCGCUGGUGGACAAAGAUCCUAGAGGAAAUAACCAAACACAAGGCAUAAAAUAAUGUACGAAGAAUCAGAAAAAACCAAGAGGUGGGAAGGUGGCUAUGAACGGACUUGGGAAGUCCUCAAAGAAGAUGAGUCGGGUUCCCUUAAAGCCACGGUUGAUGAUCUUCUAUUCAAAGAGAAAAGAAAAAGAGUCUUUGAAUCGCAUGGGCAAGUUAGACUUGGAAUGAUGCGGCACUUAUAUGUGAUAAUAGACAUGUCUAAAUCAAUGGAAGACCAAGACUUGAAACCGAACCGACUUACCUCAACAUUAAAGUUACUAGAAUACUUUGUAGAAGAAUACUUUGACCAAAAUCCCAUUAGUCAGAUUGGUAUAAUUUCUACAAAAAACAAAAGGGCAGAAAAGCUUACCGAACUUGCAGGAAAUCCGAAGAAACAUAAAGAAGCGUUAAGUAAAGCUGUUGGUGGCUCAUGCAGUGGCGAACCCUCUCUUUAUAACUCACUCUCUCUUGCCAUGGAUACCCUGAAGCACAUGCCAGGGCAUACCAGUCGUGAAGUACUUGUCAUUUUCAGUAGUCUUACAACUUGUGACCCAUCUAACAUUUAUGAUCUUAUUAAGUGUUUGAAAGCUACUAAAAUCCGCGUGUCGGUGAUAGGUCUCUCGGCCGAAGUUCGAGUUUGCACUGUUCUUGCACGUGAGACUGGUGGUACACACAAUGUUAUUUUAGACGAGAGUCAUUUUAGAGAUCUGCUUAAUUACCACGUUCGACCUCCACCUGCUAACUCCAAUUCAGAGUGUUCUCUCAUUCGUAUGGGUUUCCCCCAGCAUACAAUGGGAUCGUUAUCCGAUCAGGAUGCCAAACCAUGUUUCAGCAUGGCACACUUGGAUAGCAGCAGUGGGCCAACAUUAACACUUGGUGGAUAUUAUUGCCCUCAGUGCAGAGCAAAAUAUGCUGAGUUGCCUGUGGAGUGUAAAGUCUGUGGUCUUACAUUAGUCUCUGCACCUCACUUGGCAAGGUCCUACCAUCAUCUAUUUCCACUGGAUGCCUUCAGAGAAAUUUCCUUAGAAGAGGUUCAGGGAGAACGGUAUUGUCAAGGUUGUGAAGGGGAUUUGCAAGAUCCAAUCGUGUAUACCUGCAACGUGUGCCAGAACAUCUACUGCGUGGAGUGUGAUAUUUUUAUUCAUGACACCUUACAUUGUUGUCCUGGAUGUAUUCAUAACCAAUCCAAUCCUUAAUGACUCAAAUAAAAUACUAAAUUAAUGAAUAACCAACAUUAUUUUAGCUGCUGUUGUGAAAAUAAUAAUCUGUGUUCAUAGCUGACAAACAAGAGCUAGACUACAGUUGGUUCUAGGUACGGUUGGUUCUGAUCAGAAACUUUACAACCAUUGCCUGUGAAGAAAAGGCAGUUUUCAAGACCAUUGUUCAUAUGCAUUUAAUUUUAAGCAUAUGUAAACAAUGACAAAAUAUUAAUCACACUGAUAUUCAUGUAAAACAAUCCGCAAUCGUAAUUAUUGAUUCACCAUUCAUAAUUCUGUAAAUUUAUUUUUGUUUGGUUUUCACCUCCAAAUUGGGAGAGCCUUGAUUAGUUAAUACUUUGUAAGUAAUUACCUUGAACCCUGUGAUCAAGAAGCACUCUAUCACGUUGAAACACCAAACUAAUUCCACAAGAAGCAAUGUAUUCCAAAGGGAAAUGCAGAAUAUCAGAUUAAAAUUGCAUAUGCCUUG